AAACUCAAACUUCGUUUUUCCCUUUGCCUUCGUCUCCUCUAUAUAUGACCCAACCAACUUCCCCACAUUCGAAAAGAUGCAAAAUGGAAAACCUAAGACGACAUUUCGGCAAGAAAAAAGACACAUACAGUGUGAUUGGUCGCGUGAAGCGCAAUGGCCACUGCAAGAAGCACCCCAAACACGACCAAUCACCCGGUGUCUGUUCUCUUUGCUUGAGAGAAAAGCUUGCUCAGUUAUCUUCUCAUAACUCACGUGGAACACCCUCUUCUAUUGCUUCUUCAACUUCUUCUUCUUCUCUUUCUUCUUAUUCUUCAUCCUAUUAUUCCUCAGCUUCUGCUUCUUCUUCUUCUUCGCCUGCGUCUCCAAUGCAUUGCUUCUGUUUCUCUGCCGAGGGAAAGACUAGCUCUUCUUCGCUCUCUGUCUUUCUGCUCAGUGGUAGCAACCAUGAGGGUAAGUGUGGUUCAUUGGAUAUUGUUCAAAGAAGAGAUUCUGAUCAUAGGAGUGCCUGCAAAAGUGGGUUUUGGUUCAAGUUGCUUCACUGUAAAAGCAAGAGAAUGAAGAAAUAUUACAGGGACGAUGAUGAUAAGCUGGUUCGUUCUGUGUCCAUAAAAGUAUGAGAAACAAUGGCUUCAUUUGGUUUUGGAGAUAGAUUAAUUGAUCUGCGAAAAACUGCAGCUACCAGAUUUAAUUAUUACGUGAUUUUUUCUUUUAGUUUUUUUUUUAUUUUCCACUGUUCAAGUUUCAUGGUGGAUCUUAGUGUUUGACUGCUAGGUCUUAUUGUAGUUAUUUCCAUUUAUUUUUUGCGAAACAGGAAGGACAAUUUAGAUCCAGCAUUAUAGAACAUGCGUAAUGUGUAUUUAUGUUAGAUCUGUAUAGAAAUUGAUGUAUGUGUAUAUUUUUGUUAUGACUGGAAAA